AUGCCGUCGUUAGAUUUGGACAAGUUGCAAGAAGAUUUGGCCACCACGGAACAACAGGUGGGUUCGAUUAUCGAGUCUUUUAUCGAGCUAGGCGUCUCGAUCUACGACUUUCCAGGGACAUCGGAGGCUGCUCAGGGCAUGAUGACCAACCUGCACCGAAACGUGGAGCGACUAAGGAAUCUCAACAAGAAAGGCAAUGAUCCGGAGUCGCAACUUAACAAUUUUCAGGUUCCAAUGGAGGUAGUGCAGUACAUCGAAGACGGAAGAAACCCGGACGUAUACACCAGAGACUUUGUAGAAGCCAUCCGUCGAUCAAACCAGUAUCAGCGGGCCAAGAUGAACGGACUGAAACAAUUGAGAGACAGACUGGCGGAAAAAAUCGUGGCAGAAUUCCCGGACAUGCAAGAUAGUGUCACCGAUAUUUUGCACCGUACAGACAGAUGA